ACACCCACGGAGCCUCACCCGGGCUGCGCCUGCACGGCAGAGCGGGGAGCGAGCAUCCAGCUGCAGAGAGCGACACCUCCACCUCUCGCCAAAACAACAACCUGCACAGCCGGGAAUAAACCGCUUCACCGCCCGCACCGGGAGGGACGGGCUCUUUAUAUCGUGGCACUUUCCUCCACCCCACUUUGCUCCUUUUCUUCUGAUUUUUGCGCUUCCCCCCCGCGCUUUCCCUAAAAGAGGAAACCCCGACUCUGAUUUUUAGCGCAGCCCCAUCUGCACUCGCCGCCGCCGGCGGUUGCAUCCGGCCGAAACAAACUUGGUUGGGGGGCUCGGUCUCGCCUGCCGGGGCAAAAAAGCGACAAGAAAGACUGCGGAGGUCGCCCGGCCGUGUCGGAGGCGCAGGAUGGCGGCAAACCGCUGGGUGCUGUGCCUGUGCCUGGGCUGGGGGUGCCUGUGCCUGGCGCUGGGCGACGUGCUGAAGGCUCGCUGGGUCGGGGUGCGGCGGCGAAACACCCCGGCAGGAAUACGGGGCGGCCGGCCGAGAGCCGCGGCAGGUGACUACGGCCCGGGGCAGCGGCCGGAGCCGGAGGAACAGCGGCGGCCGGAGGGGCUGCAGCCGGGGGACAAGGUCUCGGAGCACAUGCUGCGGCUCUACGACCAGUAUAGCGGCGGCCGCGGGGGGCGGGCGGCGCGGCGCCGAGACCUGCCGGGGCUGCCCGGGCUGCACCUCCGCCAGGGCAACACGGUGCGCGGCUUCCGCCCGCGGGCUGCAGGGGGCCCUGAGAGCCAGGAGGUGUACGUUUUUAACUUGACAUCGCUCACCGACUCUGAAAACGUCCUGUCGGCUUCGGUGUAUUAUUACAUUGGAGAUCUGCUGCGUGCUCCCUGGAACUGCUCCCAGUCCAGAGGCUGCUCUGGUCAUGGGCACAGGAAGCCUGAAAUUCAGCUGCAUCUUUCAGCUUGGACCUUUCCUUCUGCUGGGAACCGGACUCGGAGCCUGGGACAUUUCCUAAUGAACGCCUCUGCUGCUUACCAGGAUGACCUUUCCUGGCAGUGGAAGGAUAUCACUCAGCUUCUGCAUGAAGCAAAACUGAACAAUGAACUCCUCAUCGGUGUCAAAAUGGAUGUGGGCAGCCACCAUCCCUGGAAGAGGGCACCUCCUCGCUAUGAGCCCUACAUUCUGAUUUAUGCCAACGACUCUGCUAUUUCAGAGCCAGAGAGUGUUGUCUCUAGUUUGCAAGGGCACCGCCAUCCUCUGGCAAGGGUCUUUCCCAGGCCAGAAAGCCACGUGAGGAGCAGCCUGGGGAAGUGGCGGCAAAAGCGCUCUACAAACAUUCUGCUGCCCCUGCAGAACAAUGAGCUCCCAGGAGCUGAGUACCAGUACAGCGAGGAUGAGAGAUGGGAAGACAGAAAACCCUACAAGCCCCUGCAGCCACAGUUAGCUGAGAGGUCAAAGAGUAAGAAAAAGCAGAGGAAGGCUCAUCAGCACAAGAGCCAGACGCUCCAGUUUGAUGAGCAAACACUGAAGAAGGCGAGGAGGAAGCAGUGGAAUGAGCCAAGGUAUUGCACCCGGCGCUACCUCAAGGUGGAUUUUGCAGACAUUGGCUGGAGCGAGUGGAUUAUUUCCCCUAAAUCCUUUGAUGCCUAUUACUGCUCAGGGGAAUGCCAGUUCCCAAUUCCAAAGGCCUUGAAGCCGUCCAACCACGCCACCAUUCAGAGCAUCGUGAGAGCCGUGGGGGUUGUGCCGGGCAUUCCCGAGCCCUGCUGCGUUCCGGAGAGGAUGGCUUCCCUCAGCAUCUUGUUUUUUGAUGAGAACAAAAACGUGGUCCUGAAGGUGUACCCCAACAUGACAGUGGAAUCCUGUGCGUGCAGAUAACAUCUUGGGAGAGCCUUUGGAAACACUGAGGUGGUCAGGGGGGUUGUGUGUGCAUUUCAUGGUAUCUACUUUUUGUUUGCACUGUCAAUGCAUGUCCUCCGGACAAAAAAAGAGGAAAAAACCAAGAGAUCCAAAGAAAGAGGAUGGAAGUGGAAUGGAUUCUGAACACUAAUUCCAAGGAAAGAGGAUACAAACUUCACUCAUCUCUGCAUUUGGCAAGGGCACAAGUCUUGGCAGUGGAGACUGACUGUUUCUGUUGAAAUCAAGAGACAAAAGAGGAAUUUGCAGAAGACUUGGAGAUUUUUGGCACUGCCAGAAGGACGUAGUGAUCUAUUUUUGUACAAGACUUUGGAAGCAGCAUCAGCUGUUAAAUUUCUUUGUCUCUGUUCAAAUGGUGACUGAUUAGGAGGGAGAUCGGAAAUACACUAUUCUCCCUUGUAAAGCUCAGCUUUCUGCCUUAGGUCAUUGAGUAGUGCAGCAGGGAACUAAAAUCUGACAUUCUGAGAGCCUUAGAUAAUCCAUCUUAGACAUAUAUCUGCUCGGUAUGACAUGGCUGCAUUGUGUAUUCCUUUGCCUUGGCAAAUUCCUUGUGAUUCAGUUCAUUACAGGGCUGUACCCUUGACUGGAAGAACACAAAACACAUGCUUGCUGUGUGUGCAAUUGUGGUAUCCCAAAAGCCAAGACUUUUAUUUCAGGCCACUGCAGAAACUCAGCAGGUCCAGGGUAUGAAAACACCACAUUCAGUGACGUGUCUGAGCGACGACUUCUCAGCACACAUCCCAGAGCACAGCUGCAAAUACUCCGAGUAAAGCGUGGUCGUUGAUUCCUGACAUGAAAUUAUUUGGUGCAUAGUUCUUUUCUGUAGGCCUUCACUAGAAUUGUUUGAUCAAAGCUGCCUCUGCUUGGCAAGGUUUGAUUGUUACAUUAACCAAAUAGUAGUUUGGGUUUUUUCCCUUCUUAGUUGGUUCACUUCUCUGAAAAUCAAAUUUGUAUCUAUGCUGUCAUGUUAUGAUUUCUUUCACAAAUUCAUUUGAAAGACUACAAGCAGGACAGAAAACCUAUCUGGAACCUCAGGCACAGCUGUGAAUGUUGACAGAAGUACUUUAGGCAGAACCCAAAUACCCUCCCUAGCAUCGUGGUCUGUAGAGGAUGAUGCUUUAUGAAGUACUUCUGGCUGGUCAGGGCAGUGAUUCAGUUUGCUCUCAAAGUGAACAUAAGUUGCCUAUGUAACUGCAUCUCUGCAAUGGUGUUUAAACAGCAAGUAUUCAUAGGGAAUAAAUGGAUUCCCCAUCACCAUGAGAGUUAAAGUCUACUUUGGAGUCUGCUUUCCUCAGCAUAUUGAAGGUGACAGUGGUUUUUCCUACCUAUGUGCCUUUUUGCAGCUUCCUUCUUACUUCAUGCUAGUUUGAACUCUCAGUUGUUAAUUUCUUUGGGGUUUUUUGGAGGGGUAUUUGGUCACUGGUGCCGUGGUGUUUACCAGACUGGGUAAUGUGCAAAGGUGGGAGAGGGGGUGGAGGUAAAAUAGAGAGCCUAGGGUUCUUCCCAGGAUUCACUUUCUAACUGCACAAAGCCUUGGUGGAAGCUGACAGGAGUUAAAAGAACCACAGGUUAGUCCCAGAUGCAAGUUGUGCUUGUGGCCCUUGCCUUGCCCUGCUUAAACAGU